UUAUCAAUUUUCAUUUUAUAUAGUAUAAAAUGUUACAAUCUCCUAUCACAGAUGGCAUUUAUGACAAAAAAAAGUUUACAAAUAGAUGGCAGCUCAAGUUUAUUGCAAUGAUUUUAUGUACAGCAUUUUUAUUUAUACUAAAAAUUGUUGUAGGUUAUUUGUCGAACUCUAUGGCAUUAGUUGCAGAUUCUUUUCACAUGAUAACUGAUUUUGCUGCUUUAAUUAUCGGUUUUAUUGCGCUAAGAAUUGCUAAUAAAGAAAACAACAAUGAUUUUCGUUUUUCAGAGUUUACAUUUGGAUGGGUUCGAGUUGAAGUUCUUGGUGGCAUGAUAAAUACUGUUUUUUUGUUAGCUUUAUGUUUUUCAAUUUUCAUAACAUCUUUGAAAAGAUUUGUUCAACCAGAAGAUGUAUCUAAUCCUAAACCUGUCCUUGUUGUUGGAAUAGUUAGUUUAGUUAUAAACUUCAUAGGGUUAUUUUUGUUUGAAACAAGUAAAGAAGCUAUUUUUAGAAAAUUUUUUGCAAAGAAAAAAAGAACAAAAGAUUCAUUAGAAAAUGUUUCAUUAAUGAAAAAGAAUAAAACUGAUGAAAAAAUAAAAAAUGAAAGUGUUCAAGGCAAAGAACCAACAUGGGCUGCAGAAUAUCAGUCUCCUCACACACUAAAUAUAAGAGGCGUUUAUUUACAUAUUCUUGAACAUUUUCUUUCUUCGCUUAUUGUCAUUAUUUCAGCAAUAUUUGUUAUUUAUUUCAAACAUUCUUUUACAAAGUAUAUUGAUCCUAUUUUUACUGUUAUGCUAGUUUUUUUAAUUCUUCAUUCAACCAUUCCACUCUUUCGCGAGACUUUGAUUUUAUUUAUGCAAUCUGUGCCUGCCAAUCUAAAGGUUAAAGAUUUGGAAGAGCGGCUAAUGAAUAAAAUUUGCAGUGUUUUAUCAAUCCAUGAGUUUCACAUCUGGGCUUUAGGUGAUGGGCAAGUUGUAGCUUCAGCACACAUUUUGUUUGAAACACCUGAAGAGUACGAGUCCAGCCGCCAAGCAGUGAAAACAUUUUUUUUAAAUGAAGGGAUCACCUGUAUGACGUUUCAGCCAGAGUUUCUGCCUGUUGACACUGUAAUAAGUUCUGAUAUUCUCAAGCAGUGUUUUAACAAAUGUAACAAAGAAAAUUGUUUGGAAUCAAUGUGCUGUGACACUAUGAAUAAUGCUAACCCUAAUUGCUCAAAUGUAUUAAGCAAAACUAUUGAAACAGAUUCACAAGGAAAUGAUAUAUCUGUGCGUAUUGCAAGCAGUUCUUCUAAGACAGAUCUUCAUCUCCCAAAUGAAAAUAAUAUUUUAAAUUAAAAUCAAGUUGUUUUAUAGAAAACUUUUUCAUUCAAAUUUUUUUUUGUUUUGUUUCACAGGUGUAGGUUAAAAAAAUCUUUUUAGAGUGUUAUUACA